CCGCUCGUCCGGUCAGUGUACGCCACUGAAUAAGACGAUCGUUUAAGGACCAUUCGCGGACCUCUCGCCACAGUGCUGUAACGCGCGUACUGUUUGCUGCAGAAUUGGUUUUUAUUAUUAUUUUUGAUUUUUCUACACAGUUUAAAGACAAAAAUAAUUUUAAAAAGCGCAUAGAUAUUAUAUCUGAACGAUCUGCACGGUGCCGCUGACACGAUGAAGUACACGACAUACCUCUUGAGCGCGUUACUAUUGGUAACGCUGUUGUCGACGGAUGUGCAUUGUAGACGAGUGAACGUGAAACAGGCGACGGACGACGUCGAACAAGACAACGCGCAACAGACAGCCAUCGAUGACGAGGCACAACAGCAACAGUUCAAGCCGGUGUUGAUCGCACGCAGGCCGUUGCAGCAGAGACCACAGGUGGACGUUGACACCGAACGACAACCGGUGGUGGUGGUCCGGCAAUCUCCGAGGGUGUUGCAACAGCGGGCCCGCGAACAACAAGAGGCCGCCGAAGACGAAGACGCCGAACAGCCGCAAGUGGUUAUCAGACAGCCGAUAAAAGCGGGUCUUAGAGCCCAACCACCGCAAGCGCAACAGCUCGUCCAACAGCGACUCAAGCAGCAGGAACAGCCGCCACAACAGAAGGAACCGACCGCACAGACCAUCAGGAAUUUCAACAAGCUGAACGAUGACGGUUCGUUCACGUUCGGUUAUGAAGCGGACGACGGCAGUUUCAAAGAGGAGACCAGAGGCACGGACUGCGUGGUCAGGGGCAAGUACGGUUACGUAGACCCGGACGGCAACAAACGUGAGUUCACGUACGUGCAGGGCAACCCGUGCGACCCGAACGCGGCCGCCGCCGAAGACGAAGAAGAACAGCCAGGCAAACCUGGCGAGGAAGAGAAUGUUCCGGCCAACAUUCCAGUGAACGCGGGCAGACCUAAACCCAAGAACAACAGACCGACCACCACUUUGUUCCAGCAGACGUUUGGCGAUUUCGAGUCGCAGCCACAAGCACAACCGUCCACCACCCCACGCCAGCCGGGCAGACAGCAGUUGCAGCAAUCGACAUUCCAAGAAGCUCCCAGGAGACCACCCCCGCAAAUAUCACCGGUUCAGUUGCAAGCCGACCGUCCAUCGUCCACAGCCGCACCACCACCACAAUUCCUGGCUGGAGCCGGAAAUCUGGAAUCGGCACUUAGAAACUUGCCACAACCCGCACUGACAUCCGGCAAGAUUCAAUCACCCGCUGGACCUAACUCGCCUCUGUACACCACCGAACUGGUUUUCGAUCCGGCCACCGGUCAGUACAACACCGUCAUAUUCCAGCAGGUGCCCAAACAGCAGGGCGGCAUCAACAUCAAUCAACGUUUGCCUCUGCAACCAGCGGCCCCGGCUAGACAACAACCGCUGCCCGCGCAACAGUUCCGACCACAAGCCCCUCCUCCGCAGUUCCAACAACCACAACCACAGUUCCGGCCGGCGAUCCAACCGUUCCAGCCACAGAGACCGGUCGAAUUCGACUUCCAACGACCUGCCGCCGGAUUCCCGGGAGCCCCAGGCCCGCAACAGCAAUUGGUCCAGCAGCAACAGGCCAUGGCUUUCCAACAGUCACAAAACCUGUUCAGACAACAACAACAGAAACAGCAACUCCAGCAACAGCAGUCGUUCCAACCGCAGUCGGCGCAGUUCUUCCCGCCACCGUCGCAGCGUUUCGAACCGGCGUCGCAGUUCGCGCCCAAGCAGCCACAGCGAUUCGAACAGCAACCGGAAGCGCACCAGCAGCAGUUCGUGCUAGUCCAGCCCGGCCGAACUCCCGGACAACAGAGCUUGGCCGCCGGCCAGAUCGACGCGUUUCUAAGAGGCCACAACGUGCAAUUCUAAACGGAAUAAUUUAAUAAUAUUUCCAUUUGUAAAUAACAUAAUAUAAUAUAAUAACAUAGACACCGAGUACAGCGACCCAUACUAUAUGUUGACGCUGUACUACACAUACAAAAACUAUAUAUUAUAUUAUAUUAUAUUUUAGCGUAAUAAUAUUAAUGAUAAAAAUAAUAUUAUUUUCGUUUAAGCUUAAUUAAUAAUGUGUAACGCGUUAUAUAGAUAUAUCAUAUACUCGUAUAUAUUUUAUAAAUUUCGUGCGUAAGAACGAUAAGGAUAUUCACACCCGUUUAGCUAUAAGCGGUUUCACCUGGCGGAGGUGAAAGCCAUAACUUACUGUAUAUUUAGCACUUUGCUAAAUGCUGGUUUUUUUUUUUGUAACAUUAAAUCCUCGUAAAAUAUAAUAAUGUUAUGUUUAAUGUUCCAAAAACAAAAUGUGCUCAAAUACUCCCAAUGUUUGUAAAUAAAUAAACUUUUAUAUA